UCCUCUGGACACCGUCCACUGUUAUUGUGCAGAAAACAGCAGUGUCAUCAAUACACUAAACGUGUUGCACGGGGGAAAAGGAUUGUAAAAGGAACUACCUUCAGUGAAAACGUGGCCAAAGAUCGACUAUUCCUUUAAGUCUGUUCUUAAGAAGUUUACGACCACCAAUCUCAGAAAGUGAAACGACAAUUCAGAAGGAAGUGUCUGUUUCAUGCAAGUCACCAUAAUGAGCGAAAAGGGUUGUUGUGAUUCAGUAGGUGAGUGUUUUUUCGACUACUACACGUCAAAAAUAUUGGUGAUUAGAAGCAAGAAAGUGGGAACGCUGAAUCGGUUCACUCAAGCUUUAGUUAUAGCCUACGUCAUCGGGUAUGUGUGUGUUCUCAAGAAGGGCUACCAGGACACAGACACCGUCCUCAGCUCUGUCACGACCAAAGUAAAAGGCAUUGCCCUUACAAACACCACUGAGUUGGGGGAACGUAUCUGGGAUGUGGCAGACUACAUCAUCCCACCUCAGGAGGAUGGCUCAUUCUUUGUGCUGACCAACAUGAUCAUCACCCCGAAUCAAACACAGUCAAAAUGUGCUGAGAAUCCGAACCCAGCAUCCAUAUGCACUUCUCACAAGGACUGCAAAAGAGGCUUUAAUGAUGCUCGUGGAGAUGGUGUUCGUACAGGCAGAUGUGUCACUUACAAUGAAACAAUGAAGACUUGUGAAGUGCUGUCCUGGUGUCCCUUAGAGAAGAUUGUUGAACCCCCAAAUCCACCACUUCUGUCAGAUGCUGAAAACUUCACUGUGCUGAUAAAGAAUAACAUUCGUUAUCCCAAAUUUAAUUUCAACAAAAGGAAUAUCCUACCAAAUAUAAAUAGCACUUACUUGACGCAGUGUGUGUUCAGCCGUAAGACGGACCCAGACUGCCCAAUCUUCAGGCUCAAAGACAUUGUUGAAGAGGCUGAUGAGGACUUUCAAACCAUGGCAGUCCAUGGGGGAGUGAUGGGAGUGCAGAUCCGGUGGGACUGUGAUCUUGACAUGCCACAGAGCUGGUGUGUGCCUCGCUACACUUUUCGCAGAUUGGACAACAAAGAUCCUGAAAAUAACGUGGCCCCUGGGUACAACUUCAGAUUUGCUAAAUAUUACAAGGAAACUGAUGGCACAGAGACAAGGACACUUAUCAAGGGUUAUGGUAUUCGCUUUGAUGUCUUGGUAUUUGGCCAGGCAGGAAAAUUCAAUAUCAUACCAACACUUUUGAAUAUAGGUGCAGGCUUGGCACUUUUAGGCUUGGUGAAUGUAAUCUGUGAUUGGAUCGUCCUGACAUUUAUGACAAGAAAACAUCACUACAAAGAGCAGAAAUAUACAUAUGUUGAUGACUUUGGACUUUUAUCCAAUGAAGAAACAUAGGAGAUCUUCAGGCUAUGGAUUCUACACUAAUUCUAUGCAAAUGAAUGUAUUUCUUAGGUUUACAAAUGCUGUUCCAAAUGAAGUAAUACAGUGAAUAAAAUUCAAUUGGAUACA